AUGGAACCUCAUCCACUUGGUGCCAUGUCAGCAAACAAGCAAGCAGAAGAGCUCGCCUUCAAGAUUGCCCAGAGUGCUGCCGAGGGAGGGUGUGCGGCAGCCGGACAUUUUGCGAAGACAUCGAACAUAUUGGGUGGCGAGAACAUAUACGUGAAGGAGUCCAGCCCUUCUGGAACCUGUAAAGAGGCCGUCGAGUCAUGGUAUAAUACAAUCGGGAUAUUUGAGAACAAAUUCCCCUCGACUACAUGGGAAGAAGACGAUAAGGCGCACACUACUUACCCCUUUCUUCAGCUCAUGUGGGAGAAGACGACCGGAGUUGGGUGUGUGUCCAUCGACAAAUGCGGUGAAGGCGGUAAUGAUGGAAAAGACCCGAAGAUCGAUCUCCCGGAGACUCGUAGCCAACCGACUCCGGCUCCGGGGCGGACUAUCCGGAGUCGCGAAACUCCAGGGACCGAUACCCUCCAACCAGAUUUGUAUCCACCGGAACAAGACACUCAGGAUCGCUACGGACGCGAGGUUCAGGAUCACUACCGACACGCAAAGGAGCAUCUAGCGAAUACCAAUGUCAGUUCACCAUCGGAGGACACUGACACGCACGAAGGCCUCCAGGGCGAUGAUACUUACGGAAGCCCUAGUGGUGAAUCUACGAACGAGGCCGCGAGCAAACAUGGCGCAGGAACCUCCGGAGCAGGAGCGGGCAGCACAUCGGACGCGUCUGGCCUGCAUGCUCUCUUGGCCUCCGAGGGAGCGUUUAUGGCAGUUGUACUUUCUUUCCUUUCGCAUGGGAUACACGCGUAA